AACAAAUAACUGGUUGAGUUGAAGAGUUGGUUGGGUGCGUGCAGCUCGGUGGCUUAGCGACCCCCCGCUCCACGUUCUCCGGCGUGCCCUCGCUAGCUAUACAUAUGGGUCGGACGGAGCAGCGUGCCGUCGCAAUAUCAGCCCGGUGAAAUCGCUCGCCCGCCCGCCUCGUCGCACCGCACGCCUCGCCUGCGCCAGUCGCCGUGCGCCAACUGAAACGCGCGCACUGCUAGCGCAAUCGAACGUACAAUAUCUCAUACGAGUCUCUCGCUCUCUGGUAGCUGCUAUCGCCAUCGCCCCGAUUCGCCUUCUAUUACCGGCAUCGGUCGAUUCUUUAAUAUUAUCCACUCCGAGUGGAUAUCGUUCAGUUCAAACGUAUUAACGUAUAACCUUUAACGUAUUUCGUGUUUGUGAGAAGUGCAUGUGCCGAGCUUCCUCUAAUUUGUGUUUCGGUGUUAUUCCAAGAAAUCGUCAAGACGGCCGUCAUCAUACGGCUGCCUGCGGCCACAGAUCUGACCGGUCAAAACAGCAAUGAUUCGGGCGGCAGCGGCAGCGCGGGACGCGCUACCACGCCGCACUUGAGGCCUACGCCCAGUCCCACCGGCUCCAGUGGCUCGCGAUCCAUGUCACCAGCUGUCGGCACGCAGAACGUAGCGAUGCCGCCGAGAACAUCGUCGUCGCUGCCGGACGGCAGCGGUCCGCCGGUGCGGCCCGGAGGUCCAGGUACGCCGGCUGGACCGGCACCGAGCCCUGUACCGCCUCCCGGCGCGAUGGUAGCGCAACAACCGUACGCGCAUCAUCCUGCUUAUAAGGCGUCACAUUACCCGCCGCAACCAUACGGCUACCCGCCAAGAAAUCAUCAUCCUUACUCCUAUGGCUAUCAACCUAGGCCGCCGCCGCAUCCACCGCAACAUUACCCUACUCUAAAGCCUCGGCAUAUGGCUCCGCCGACACCGGGCGGUCCAGAGGGAACGAUGCCACCGCCGACGGCUCCGGGUGAAGCUCAUGACAAUGGUCCCGCCGCACCAGCCACCGCUCUCGUCACCACCGGACCAGACGGUGCGCCGCUCGACGAGGGCAGCCAGCAGAGCACACUCAGCAACGCGUCUGCUGCCUCAGGCGAGGAGUCGUGUGGAACACCGAAGGGUUCUCGUAAAGAGUACGGUGCGAGUAGCGCGGCGCCUUCGCCUUCCCCCGGUGGCGGCUCACACUCGUCCGUGCACGACGAUUACGACGCAUCGCCGUCGUGGCCGCGGCCGCCCUCUAGUCCCGUAUUUAACAGUCACAUACCGCCGGAGUCCUACAGAUCAAAGAAGUCGGACUCGCUUGGCAAGCUGUACGAGAUGGACGAUGCGCCCGAGCGGCGCGGCUGGGUGGAGAGACUGCUCGCCUUCAUGGAGGACCGGCGGACGCCCAUCGCCGCCUGCCCGACCAUAUCCAAGCAACCGCUAGAUCUCUACCGACUCUACCUACUGGUGCGAGAGCGCGGCGGCUUCGUCGAGGUGACGAAAAACAAAACUUGGAAAGACAUAGCCGGUCUAUUGGGCAUCGGCGCGUCUUCGUCGGCCGCUUACACACUACGCAAGCACUAUACGAAAAAUUUGUUAGCGUACGAGUGCCACUUUGAUCGCGGUGGUAUCGAUCCACAGCCGAUCAUCAAUCAAGUGGAAGCCUCCACUAAGAAAAAGAGCGGAAAGUCAAAUAGCAACAAUAGUGCAGGGUCAUCGAAUCCUCAAGAAUCGUUCACUGGCGCCGGUGGUGGCGGCGGUGGCACAGCUAUGGAUGGGUACGGAGGCCAGUACGCCGGGUAUCCGCCGCAACCAAACCAACAACAAGGUUUCCAACAAGGAUAUGGGUACGAAUAUGGAUCUCCUUAUCAACAAAACAGGCCAGUUUAUCCUCCCUACGGACCCGACGGUGACAGAGGGUACCAGUAUGGUGGGUACGGGGGCGGGUACCGCGCGGGCGGCGUGGGCGGCGUGGGGGCGACGGGCGUGGGCGCGGGCGGCGUAGGUGCGGGCACGCCGCCGCCCGCGCAGCCCUACCCGGAGUACUACCGCGCGCCGCCGCACCCGCCGCAUCCGCCUCACUCGCCGCACCCGCCACACCAGCCGCACCAACCGCAUCCGCCGCACCAGCCCCAUCAACCACAUCAGCCUCAUCAGCAGCACCAGCCCCAUCAGCCGCCUCAUGAGUACGGCGGGGGUAAACCGAUGGGCGCGGGCGGAGCGGCGGCUGCGGCGGCAGCUCAGGGAGCGCCCCGGAGGCACCCUGACUUCGCGAAGGCGGAGGGUGCGGGGUACGCGGGGGCGGGUGCGGCGGUGGCGGGCGCGGGGGCUGCGGCCGGGGCGAGGUUUCCACCCUCGUGGCCGGGCGCAUUCCCGCGCGCCCAACCCCCAUCGCCACAGCCCCCUUGGCGGCCUCCGCCCCCCACACAACCUCCUGCCGCCUGGCCGCAUCAGCCCUACCAGCAACAAACGUCCGGCGGGGCGGCAUGGGGUGGGGCGCCGCGUCCUCCCACGUCUGACGCGUACCCCGCGCCCGCCGUGCCCUCGCCCGGGACUGCACCAGGAAUAGCUGCUGGCCAGAUCAAAAGAGAAUUGACUUUCCCCCCUGAAUGCGUCGAAGCGACAGUACCUACGGGAGAAAAGCGGCGGAGGUUAACGAAAGCUGACGUCGCGCCGGUCGAUGCGUGGAGAAUAAUGAUGGCGCUCAAGUCGGGCCUGCUCGCCGAAACGUGUUGGGCGCUCGACAUCCUCAACAUCCUCUUGUUCGACGACAACUGUAUAGGAUAUUUCGGGCUGCAACAUAUGCCUGGCCUCCUGGACCUUCUGCUAGAACACUUCCACAAGAGUCUCAGUGACGUGUUCGACGCGCCCGUGCAGGAAGACGAGCCCUGGUAUGCGCCGCCGCCCAGUCCCGAGCCGGUCGCCACCAACGAGAGGCGCCGGGUGCCUCCGCCCGACCCUGCCGACCGCGAGCGGCUAUUGUCCGGCGACAACUACACGCUCGAAACUCGUCGCCGGCAGCCCGUCAUUUAUCGACCUGACGACGACUUGUUCGCCCCCGACGACGACGCGGAGCCUGACCGCGUUGAGGACAUAUUAGAGCCAUGGCAGUUCGGCGGUGAUGGAGGCGCCGCUCACCUCAUGCCCUGUCUCCGUACCGAAGCCGUGCACUUGCCUUUCGUGCGCGUCAUGCCCGGUCACCGAGCACCCUCGCCCCCGCCUACCACGUCUGCGCCCGCACCUCCGCCCGAUCCCGCCCCUGAACCUCCUGCGCCUCCCCCUGCACCCGCGCCCGCCUCUGCUGACUGUGACAACCUCGAGGCUGAGCCUAUGGACCUCGAACCGGAGCGGAGGCCGAAUCUACUCGUGCGCGACCCCGCCGGCGUGCUGAAGCGGCGCCGCCUCGAAGAUUACGAGGACGAGUGCUAUACGCGGGACGAGCCGAGUCUCAACCUUGUCGACGACACGCGCGACGCGCUCGCGAAACGCUGCAUAGCGCUCUCGAAUAUUCUCCGCGGAUUGACAUUCGUGCCUGGCAAUGAGGUGGAGUUCUCGCGGUCGAGUUCGUUCCUGGCGGUAGCCGGCAAGCUGCUGCUGCUGCACCACGAACACGCGCCUCGGGCGGCGCGCGCGCGAGCAUACGAGCCGGCAGCGCGCGACGACGCAGAUGCAGAUGCGUGCUGCUCGAGUUUACGCGGCGGCGCCGAGUGGUGGUGGGACGCGCUCGCGCAGCUGCGCGAAGACGCUCUCGUCGCGUGCGCGAAUAUCGCGGGCGGCGUGGAGCUGGCCGGGCAGCCGGAGGCGGUGGCGCGGCCGCUGCUCGAUGGGCUGCUGCACUGGAGUGUGUGCCCGGCGGCGGUGGCGGGGGACGCGCCCCCGGCGGCCGGCGCAGCCUCCCCGCUGUCGCCGCGGCGGCUCGCGCUCGAGGCUUUGUGCAAGCUGUGCGUGACGGACGCGAACGUCGACCUGGUGCUGGCGACGCCGCCCCGCGGGCGGAUAGCGGCGCUAUGCGCGGGACUGGCGCGCGACCUGUGCCGGCCCGAGCGACCCGUGGUGCGAGAGUUUGCGGUGAAUCUAUUGCACUAUCUCGCGGGAGCGGGCGGAGCAGCCGCGCGGGACGUGGCCCAGCACGCGCCUGCGGUCGCGCAACUAGUAGCGUUUAUAGAGCGCGCGGAGCACACGGCGCUCGGUGUGGUGAACCAGCAUGGCGUGGCGGCCCUGCGUGACAAUCCGGACUCUAUGGGUACCUCUCUCGACAUGCUGCGACGAGCGGCCGCCACGCUGCUGCGGUUGGCGGAACACCCGGAGAAUCGACCGUUGAUAAGACGACACGAGCGACGCUUGCUCGCUCUCGUGAUGAGCCAGAUCCUGGACCAGAAGGUGGCGCACGAGCUGGCCGACGUGCUCUACCACUGUAGCCAGCGGCGGGCGGAGGACGAGCGCGACGCGUAGGCCGCGAUGAGACUGAUACCUGUCGGUACGUGUACAUAUAGUGUUACGGCGCGCUGCCGCCCGUCGACUCGUCGCUCCGAGAUCGUUCAUACUGGUGUCUGACGUGUUAGCCUGUACGAUUUUGUUAUUUAUGUCCAUGUUUUAUUUACGAGAAUGUCGAUGUGCUAUAAUCGAUUUCUAUUGUUCGAUCGGAGAAAAGAUGUAUUAUAACUCGUAAUUUUGAUUUUUAUAAUAAAAUGGGACUUGAAUCUG